CCCAAGAACACCGCUUGAAAACUAAGCUAGGGUUUCGAUUUCGAAAGAUCCCUCCCUCCCUCUCUCGCUCUCCUUCGCUCUCUUCCCAACUUUCCCACUGUUUCUAGGGUUUUGGAGCUCGAUCUCGAGCCCCCGCUCUCAUGGCGGAGAAGCUCCGGGAUCUCAGCCAGCCGAUUGACGUUGCUCUGCUUGAUAGCACUGUUGCUGCCUUCUAUGGCACCGGAUCGAAGGCCGAGAGACAAGCGGCCGACCAGAUAUUACGGGAGUUGCAGAACAACCCAGACACAUGGUUGCAGGUUGUCCGCAUCUUGCAGAACUCACAGAGCCUGAACACCAAAUUCUUUGCUCUUCAGGUUCUAGAAAGUGUGAUCAAAUAUCGAUGGAAUGCUUUGCCUGUGGAGCAAAGAGAUGGAAUCAAAAACUAUAUUUCUGAUGUUAUUGUGCAGCUUUCAAGUAAUGAAGCAUCUUUUAGGAGUGAGAGGCUCUAUGUAAAUAAGCUCAACAUUAUAUUGGUUCAGGUUUUAAAGCAUGAGUGGCCUGCAAGAUGGCAGAGCUUCAUUCCUGAUCUUGUUUCAGCAGCAAAGAGCAGUGAAACUCUAUGUGAGAAUUGCAUGGCCAUAUUGAAGCUUCUUAGUGAGGAGGUUUUUGAUUUUUCAAGAGGAGAAAUGACUCAACAAAAGAUUAAAGAACUUAAGCACUCAUUAAACAGCGAGUUUCAACUCAUUCAUGAGUUAUGCUUGUUCGUACUAUCAGCAUCUCAAAGGGCAGAGCUUAUACGGGCUACAUUAGCAACAUUACAUGCUUUUUUAUCUUGGAUUCCUCUUGGUUACAUUUUCGAAUCUCCACUGUUGGAGACUCUAUUGAACUUUUUCCCAGUUGCUGCUUAUAGAAAUCUCACACUUCAAUGUUUAACAGAGGUUGCUUCUCUUCAUUUUGGUGACUUCUAUGACCAGAAGUAUGUCAGAAUCUACACGAUUUUCAUGGUCCAGCUGCAGAAUAUUCUCCCAUCCACCACAAAUAUACCUGAUGCGUAUGCUAAUGGUUCAAGUGAUGAGCAGGCAUUUAUCCAAAACCUCGCCCUGUUCUUCACUUCGUUCUUCAAGUAUCAUAUUCAAAUAUUGGAGUCCACUGCUGAGAGUAGAGCUGCAUUGCUCUUGGGUCUUGAAUAUCUGAUAAAUAUUUCGUAUGUCGAUGAUACAGAGGUUUUUAAGGUAUGCCUGGAUUAUUGGAAUUUGCUGGUCCUGCAAUUAUUUGAACCUCACCACAAUUUGGACAAUCCUGCGGCAGCUUCAGGCGUGGUAGCAUCAAUUACUGGAUUGAUGGAUGGUCUUGGUCCUCAACUUUCACAACGCCGACAACUCUAUUCUAGUCCAGUGUCAAAGUUAAGAUUGCUCAUGAUUUCUCGGAUGGCAAAACCUGAGGAGGUCAUUGUUGUUGAAGAUGAAAAUGGAAAUAUUGUCCGUGAAACUAUGAAAGACAAUGAUGUACUAGUCCAGUAUAAGAUAAUGAGGGAGACGCUGAUAUAUUUGACACAUCUUGACCAUGAGGAUACUGAGCAACAGAUGUUGAAGAAAUUAAGUAAGCAAUUGAAUGGAGUUGACUGGAGUUGGAACAACCUAAACACGCUCUGCUGGGCCAUUGGGUCAAUAUCUGGGUCUAUGAUGGAGGAACAGGAAAAUAGAUUUCUAGUGAUGGUAAUUCGUGACUUGUUGAAUCUAUGUGAAAUUACGAAGGGGAAGGAUAAUAAAGCUGUUAUUGCCAGUAAUAUCAUGUAUGUUGUUGGACAGUAUCCAAAGUUUUUAAGGGCUCACUGGAAGUUUCUCAAAACUGUCGUCAAUAAAUUGUUUGAGUUUAUGCAUGAAAAUCAUCCAGGAGUUCAGGACAUGGCAUGUGAUACUUUCCUGAAAAUUGUCCAGAAAUGUAAACGUAAAUUUGUUCUUACACAGCUUGGGGAGAAUGAACCUUUUGUAUCGGAGCUUCUGUCCAGCCUUCCUGUUACCAUUGCGGAUCUUGAGCCCCAUCAGAUUCAUUCAUUUUACGAAUCGGUUGGGCACAUGAUCCAUGCUGAAUCAGAUAGCAUGAAGAGGGAUGAAUAUUUGAAAAGGUUGAUGGACCUUCCUAAUCAGAAAUGGGCAGAGAUAAUCGGACAGGCUGGCAGGAGUGUUGAUGUUUUAAAGGAUCAGGAUAUUAUUAGAACUAUUCUUAAUAUACUGCAGACAAACACUAGUGUUGCUAGUUCUCUUGGGUCAUAUUUCUUCCCACAAAUAUCAUCUAUAUUCUUGGAUAUGCUGACAGUAUACAGAAUGUACAGUGAACUUAUUUCUAGUACUAUAGCGGAAGGGGGGCCAUUUGCUUCCAGAACGUCUUUUGUCAAACUUCUUCGAUCUGUGAAGCGUGAGACUCUUAAACUGAUCGAAACAUUUGUGGACAAGGCUGAAGAUCAACCUCAUAUAGGCAAGCAAUUUGUGCCACCAAUGAUGGACCCUGUUCUUGGUGACUAUGCAAGAAAUCUUCCAGAUGCUAGGGAGUCUGAAGUGUUAUCUCUUUUCGCAACAAUCAUUAAUAAGUAUAAACGUGUAAUGAUGGAUGAAGUCCCCCGCAUUUUUGAAGCUGUUUUUCAAUGUACUCUUGAGAUGAUUACAAAAAAUUUUGAAGAUUACCCUGAGCACCGUCUAAAGUUCUUUUCUUUGCUGCGUGCAAUAGCUACACAUUGUUUUCCUGCUUUAGUCCUGCUGUCAAGUCAGCAAUUGAAACUUGUCAUGGAUUCAAUCAUUUGGGCUUUCCGGCACACUGAAAGAAAUAUCGCUGAGACUGGCCUUAACCUUUUAGUUGAAAUUUUGAAGAAUUUUCAGGUGUCUGAAUUUUGCAAUCAAUUUUAUAGGACUUACUUUGUGACAAUCGAGCAAGAAAUCUUUGCUGUCUUGACAGAUACAUUCCAUAAGCCAGGUUUCAAGCUGCAUGUUCUGGUGCUUCAACAUUUGUUCUGCUUGGUUGAUUCUAAAUCAUUGACAGAGCCCUUGUGGGAUGUUGCUUCUGCCCCAUUACAAUACCCUAGUAAUGCUGAUUUUAUUCGGGAUUAUACCAUUAAAUUAUUGGGAUCAUCAUUUCCAAAUAUGACACCUACGGAGGUUACUCAAUUUGUCGUUGGUCUAUUUCUGUCAAAGAACAACCUGCCUACAUUCAAGGAUCAUAUUCGAGACUUCCUUGUGCAAUCAAAAGAAUUUUCAGCACAGGACAACAAAGAUCUUUAUGCAGAAGAAGCAGCUGCUCAGAGAGAGAAGGAUCGGCAAAGGAUGCUCUCUGUACCGGGGCUUAUCGCACCAAAUGAGUUGCAGGACGAAAUGGUUGAUUCAUAGUGUUUGUGAUCUUGAGAGCAUUUAUCUGAAAUUUUUAACCAACCUCCAUCUUAUAGUCCAAAGGUUGCUUUAACUAAUCAUUUCUAAGAUGUUCAAGUAUUAGGGAUUUCACUGGGAUAGUCAGAUAAGAACCUCUUGCUGCAAGAGCUGUUGAGACUGCUGGUGAUACUAGCGGGCGGGUGUUCUUGUUGGUUGAAGUAGUUGCGGUUCUUGAUUAAGCAUGUAUUAUUAUAUUAUUGUUAUUACUAUCAUUAGGGUUUUAGCUAAUUUUCAGCCGGCAUCUACGGCAGUGUUUAAUAUUUUUUGUGUUGUUUUUCUAUCUAUGGGAUACAUAGAAGAUAAGUAGGUAGUGUGGAGAAAAAAAAAAAAAGUGUAGUUCUUUUAUGACUUUCAGUGUUUUGCUGGCAUGUUUUAUUGUUUUGCCAUGGUUCAGUUUUACUUGUAAAAAAUACAUUACUGAUGAAGUUGAUUCUUUUCUUCCUUGGUUUCCA